ACAGUAUGGACACCUGUUGCUAAGCUAAUGUUAAGAAGCGUACGCAUAUUCACUCCCGGGGUAGUGUGGAAUUACAUAACCUGUCAUAAGGGCGAAAGGGCUGAAGGAGUAAAAGGCUUUUACUAAGUUCACGGAGAUACAUAGAAUUAGAAAUAAGAAGAAAUGACAGAAAAGUUGAUUACACGGAAAUCUAUUAAUCAAAAUAUAACCAAACUUGAUUUCCCCUGGCCGUCCCCAAUUUUGACUCGGUCAUAUGAAAUUCUGCGUGAAAUUGAACAGGGUGGAAGAAAAGAAUUUCCAGAAGUAUUGUUGCUUCAUGCAGGAAAUCCCCAGGAAGUUGGCCAAAAGCCACUCACAUUUUUUCGACAGGUGAUUUCAGUAUGCCUAUACCCUGACCUAAUGGAAGAUUUAAAUCUACCAUCUGAUGUCAAAGAGAAAGCUAAACUUAUUUUACAUAAUUGCAGAGGACAUAGUGUUGGUGCAUACAGUGAUAGUCCAGGGAUUGAGAUUUUCAGGCAAGAAGUAGCUAAGUUUCUAGGAGAGAGAGAUGGUGUUCCAAGAGAUUAUAAUAACAUUAUUUUGUCAUCUGGAGCUACUGAUGGCAUCAAAUCAAUUUUAAUGAUACUGAACCAUUCCAAGUCAGACAAGCCCCCUGGAAUAAUGAUCCCUCUACCUCAGUACCCUUUGUACUCUGCCCUUGCUAGGGAAUAUGGGAUGUAUGAGAUUUGUUAUUUUCUUGAUGAGGAAAAUGAAUGGGCACUGAGUAUACAAGAACUAAAACGAGCAAUUAAUGAAGCUAGAGCUCACUGUGAACCAAGGGUUUUGGUAGUGGUCAAUCCAGGAAACCCAACAGGCUCUGUACUUACCUAUAAGAACACUGAAGAUAUUGUGAAAUUUGCACAUGAAGAGAAAUUAUUUCUUGUAGCUGAUGAGGUAUACCAAGACAAUGUUUUUGCUGAAGAUGUGAAUUUUCACUCUUUCCACAAAGUCAUGAGCAAGAUGGGACCACCCUAUUCAGACAUGGAGCUUGCAUCUGUAAUGUCUGCUUCUAAAGGGUAUAUUGGAGAAUGUGGUAUGCGGGGAGGUUGUUUGGAAGUUUUUAACUUGGAUCCAGAUGUUCAAAAAAUGUUGUUCAAAGCUGUGUCUGCUCAUCUCUGUCCUUCUAUUCUUGGCCAGAUCAUGAUGUACUUGCUCUCAUCACAACCCAAACCAGGAGAUCCUUCAUUCCUUUUAUUUGAAGAAGAAAAGAAUGCAAUUUUACAAAACAUGAGAGAAAAUGCAACUUUUCUAACUGAAGCUUUGAACAAAAUUAAAGGAAUCAAAUGCAAUAAAGUUGCUGGAGCCAUGUAUGCUUUUCCUCGGCUGUUAUUGCCACCAAAAUUCAUUGAAAAAGCAAAGUCUUUAGGUCAAGAGCCUGACUUCUUCUAUUGUAUGGAACUAGUGGAGAAAACUGGAAUCUGUAGCUUACCAGGAAGUCAGUUCCUACAGAAACCUGGUACUUAUCAUAUAAGGAUGACGUUUUUGCCUCCAGUGAAAAAUAUGAAAGCUAUGGCCAUACGACUAAAAGAAUUCCAUCAAAAGAUUUUAGCUGAAUACAGCUAGGCUCUCUCUAGUACAGCAAAAUACACUUGUGUGAUUAUGUGAGAGUAUGAUAAAUACUCCAUAGUUGUCAUACAUAUGUCAGUGAAAAAAUCUAUCUAUUCAGCUGACCAGUUUAUCAUUCUAUACAAAGAUUUCAGCUUAAGUGAGGUGUGUGUGUAACUGACAUUGUAACAAAGGCAUUGUAUCUCUGUGGACUGUUUGCCUAGGUAUCUUGUAUAGGUGUUUUUAGUUAAAAUGGAAGAUGAAAUAUCAUGGAAGUAUGCCCAUGUUUCAAAGCUUUAUCCAUUUUUAGUAACAUAUUUAUUAUAGAAACUUGACAAAUUUUAGAGUAAUUUUACAUAUCAGUAUGCUUUUUUUCUGAAUCUAAUUGAUGGGUAACAUUCAGUAAACUCUAAAAAUUAUGGCAACAUCAAAAUAUAAAACUUAAAAGCUUACACUUUCAGAUGACUGAAUUAGUUUCCCGAGUUGAGUUAAACAUGACUUCAAAUGAGCAUUUCGUAAGACUCUUAUUCUUCCUCAAAUCUCAGUUCGAACUACACACUGACUUAACGUGUAUGGUUAGCUGUACUGGAAAUCAUACCUUGGCAUGUAGGUAAGAAGACAUUUAUUAUAAUUGAUGGCCACCUAAAGUGGAUCCAACAUGUUUCUUUUUACAGCAAGGACAUCUAUUUAUGUAUACAGAUUUGAAAAUAUAUCUGAUUUGUGUCUUAUGUAGAGGAACCUAUAGCCCCACCACACACACACACACACAGUCAAUAUUGCUCUGUUUAUAACUAAAUUAUUUUUUAUUUAUAUUAUAUAUUUUAGGACAAUAAAGUCUAAGUAGGAGUUGACAUAAACGUUGAACAGUAAACUGGUAAUUUAUGCUGUUAAAUAAAUAUUCAAAGUAAAUUUUCUUAUUAAAAGCAUUUCUAGUGCUAGAACAUUCUAGUUAGAGCAAAAUGAGCAUAUUACUUUAAAGUGUGAAUAUAUUAAAUAAAAGAGAGCUUAGUGGCUGAUUAUAUUAGUAUAGCUAUCCCUCUAAUACAUUAAUUAAAUAAAAGACAGCUUAGUGGGAUAAUUAUAUUAGUGUAGCUAUCCUUCUAAUACAUUAAUUAACUAAAAGACAGCUUAGUGGGUUGAUUGUAUUUGUGUAGCUAUCCCUCUAAUACAUUAAUUAAAUAAAAGACAGCUUAGUGGGAUAAUUAUAUUAGUGUAGCUAUCCUUCUAAUACAUUAAUUAACUAAAAGACAGCUUAGUAGGAUGAUUAUAUUAGUGUAGCUAUCUCUCUAAUACAUUAAUUAACUAAAAGACAGCUUAGUGGGAUGAUUAUAUUAGUGUAACUAUCCCUCUAAUACAUCAAUUAACUAAAAGACAGCUUAAUGGUAUGAUUAUAUUAGUGUAACUAUCCUUCUAAUACAUUAAUUAAAUAAAAGACAGCUUAGUGGGAUGAUUAUAUUAGUGUAACUAUCCCUCUAAUACAUUAAUUAACUAAAAGACAGCUUAGUAGGAUGAUUAUAUUAGUGUAACUAUCCCUCUAAUACAUUAAUUAACUAAAAGACAGCGUAGUGGGAUGAUUAUAUUAGUGUAACUAUCCCUCUAAUACAUUAAUUAACUAAAAGACAGCUUAGUGGGAUGAUUAUAUUAGUGUAGCUAUCCCUCAAAUACAUUAAUUAACUAAAAGACAGCUUAGUAGGAUGAUUAUAUUAGUGUAGCUAUCUUUCUAAUACAUUAAUUAAAUAAAAGACAGCUUAGUGGGAUGAUUAUAUUAGUGUAGCUAUCCUUCUAAUACAUUAAUUAACUAAAAGACAGCUUAGUGGGAUGAUUAUAUUAGUGUAGUUAUCCCUCUAAUACAUUAAUUAACUAAAAGACAGCUUAGUGGGAUGAUUAUAUUAGUGUAGUUAUCCCUCUAAUACAUUAAUUAAUCAAAAGACAGCUUAGUGGGUUGAAUAUAUUAGAAUAUGCUGCUACAGAGAAAAGAACAAACUGUUGUGUAUAGUGUGAGAUAAUUUAUUAAAUUUAUAUGCUAGUUGCUUAGUGAACAAGAUGCUAACUCUUGUUUCGUUAUAUUUUUGCAAUAUCGUGGAAUGAUAAAAGUAUUUAGUCUUAUUUCAUUUAAUACACAUUAAGUCAGAAAAAGAUUAAGUAAACAAGUGCCAAAUACAAUAGUAAUCCGUGUAUCAUGUUUCAGUAAAUAUAUAUGAUUUUUAUUCACAUUUUGUAAAACUCAAUAAUGUUUUGUUCAUAAUUUAUUGCUUUAUUUAUUUAUAUAAUAUAAUAUUGCACAAACAUUAAGUUUUUCUGCCAAUACAGAUUUGAUAGCUAAAUCUAUGAAUCCUAUUGCAUUCACAUACAUCUCAAGUGAUGUAGAAAUAUUUAUCACUUUUGGGUGUGUAAUGUAAUUUAUUUGAUAGUUUAUCUGUCUUGUUGUGGUAUGUACAUCAACGAAUAGGAAAUAUUUUAGUUUUAUUGUUAUUGAUCAGAAUCAAUAUUUCAUUCCAAACACUAUGACUUGUAUAUUUAUAUUUAACCUGUUUGAAUAAGAUUUUGGGAAAAAAAAUUGGGAUGCUUUUUAAUAAAUAUUUUUUAAUUUUACAAUGCAAAAAGCUUAUAUAACAUUAACCUUUUAAGGCUUGUUAUGAUGAAACAUAUUAAGAACAGUAAAAUGCUGAAUAUUUUUACAUUUUAUCAAGCAUCUUAGUUUGAGUUUUCUAUUUUCACUGCUGUAAUCACGCAAAAUUAAAUCUAGGCAUUUAGUUUGUAAAAGAAAGACCAGUAUUUUAGAUAGUUAUUUUAUUUAGUGUAGUUUUAAUGAAGUAGUAAAAAAUUCAGAAGCAAAAUAUUUUUGAGAACUGAUGUUACAUUUUUUUAUUGUUGUUGGUAAUAAAAGUUGACUAGAUUUAUUAAAAUGAGAAUAUUUUUUAAACUUACUAAAAAUCCCAAAUUUCAUUUAAAAUGAGGAGAGAUUUAGUCUAGUUGUCAAAUAUGAUUAUUACUUAAAGGGAUUAUAACUUACUUGUUUAAACAGUUUUCUAUAUAAUUAAAAGUAUUUUGAUUAAAUUCUAACCUGACAACUGCACCAUGGGAGAAUUGUCCCCCCUGGACAACUGCCCCUGCAGCCAUAUCUUAUUAUAUUAAUAUAACUCACUAGAAUAUGAAAAAAAACUUACAUAUUCCUUAUUAAUUAUCUAAAACUGUUUAAGUAGAAUAAAGUAACACAGGUUUCAUGUUAAAUUUUGUUUAUUGUAAUGAAAUAUAAAUGUUCAAGUAUAUAAAGUUAUAUAAAGUAAGUAUAUUAGAACUGUAAAUUAUGAGCUGUUCCUCUCAAAAAGUCCAAGAAAUUGUGGUUUUGAAAAUCUUCUAUAAUGUUUGUUAUUCUGGCAGUUGAUUCUGGAGGAAAUAUGUCACAUUUCUUACACUAGGGAAAAUUCAGGAUUUGUUAAUAUAUUGCCUUAUUAAAUUAAGAACUUAAAACUUGUAUUCCAUUAAAAUAUGGAUUGUUAGCAACAAUUUUAUGCUAUACUAAUUGGUAUAACAUAUACAAAAAGUACUUUAAUUAAAAUUUGAAUGUAAGUCACAAAAACCUUGUGACAUGCGCAGUAAAGGAUAGCUAGGUCAAGAGGGUUAAAUAGUUUUAGAUAAUUCGUUCUUCUAUAAAAUAUAUGCAUUAUUUUUCCUGUUUUAGUCAGUUAUAUUAACAUAAGAAGAGAUGGCUGCGGGUGGAAGUUGUCCUACAAACAGUUAAAUAGAUGAUGCAAACGUGUAUUAGAUAAAGCUUCUAAUGUAUAUAAUAGAAUAAUAUAUUGCAAGUUAUUUUUGUUGUUUAUUUUACUGUUUGAAAAUUCCGUAUGUUAUUUUAAAAGUAAAAAUUUAAAGAAAUGACCAGGUUAUACAUGCAUACUUUGUUGAGAUUUUUAUUUAUGAAUGCACUCAAUGUACAAGUUUAGUUUAUAGUUUAUUUCCUAAGUCGUUCUUUGGAAUACUGUGAAUUGAACUUUGUAAUUGGUAUGUCUUUUAUAGUUGUCCAGACGGAAAGUCAGUGAUACUUAUAUACAACUAUUUUGAGUAUGUUCUUAUUUUUGUUGUAUUGAAUUUAUAUAUUUUAAAUAAUGCGUUUCUAAUUUUGUGGUUGACUUCUGUUGUAAUGUUAUUUGGUGUACAAAUAAACAUGUUUGUGUGGAGCA